AUGCUUAUUAAUUUGUAUUAUUUGUUGCCGGUGGAGGAACUAUCGUAUUCAUAUUAUUCCGUACCAUUGAAAAUUGAGUGUUGUGUUUGUUCAUUUGUUGUGAUUGGAUUUGUGGGAUCCAUUGACGGUCGGACGAGAUCCAACACAAUGAAAGACAUUCGAAAAUCUCCAACAAAUCUAAACAACAAUAAAAUGGGUCAAAGUGCAUCAGUAUCUAGAGUUAGUGACCACUCAAAAGAAGCGUCAGAUGCCAAUAGCAAUCUUAGAGCAUCAAUCGAGAAUCAAGAGGGAUCAAUGAAGACCAGAUUCGAACAAGAAAUACUUGACAGCAUGAACAAGUCUGGUAUCAAAGAUCAAUUGUUACUCACAGGGAAUAAGGAAGUACAAACUGAAUAUGCCAGUGAAUUUAACUUUGACAAAAUCAAGAAUAUUGUUACCCUAGCAUUGAAGGCUGCAGCUGAAGCCGCCAAAGCCAGUCAAACCGGUGGUUUAAGCAUUCUGUUGGGUGAUGAUGUCAUCAACACCUUCGUCGACCUCGUCGGUGCCAUCUGUGACAGUGGCAAGACCAACUCAUCUUCGACCACCACCUAUUCAUUCAUGAUGAAUAGAUUGGCUCCAGGAUUCUUUGUAUUCAUAAGCAACUCUUCUGUCUCCUUGAAGGAUGAUCAAUUCUUUGGAAAGGAAUCUGUAGUAACCACCUCCUACUACUACAAGACUGUAUUGUCCAUCGACGACACCAAGAGAAUGGAUAAAUUCAACUCUGCUUUACUGAAAGCAAAGACACUCAACAUCUUGAAAGCUUGUCAAGUCGAAAACGCCCAACAGUUUGCCGAUAAUAAGAUCACUUAUGAGCAAUGGGAGAGCGCUGAAGAAACAAAAACAAAGGCCAUCGAUAGAAUCCAAAAGGAAUUGGAUAACAUCGGAUUCAAUACCAACUCUAUUUUGAUCUACCGUCCACCACAACCAUUCACACAACCCGAUGAAGCUGCUCACCAACCAGACACGGAUCAUUCAUUGGCUACUAAAGCACUUAAAGUUUCUACCAAUGUCAAGCAUGAAAAGAUUUCUCAACUAUUCAAGUCUCGAGCUGAAACUGGUUACUAUGGAUAUAUUAGUUUAUAA